UUUAUCCUUUAUUUCAUUUUAUAGGAAACCAGCCUGGGUUAUCAAAAAAAAAUUAUUUCAUUUAUCAGGUUUUGAACAGAAAUAACAUUCAAAAUUUAGAAGACAAAACAUUAUGUGAAUAAGAUGGUAUUUCAUGUUCUUAAAUUCAUCGGGCUCGGUAUUACAUUAAAGUGAAAGUAAGAAAAGCAUGGAAGAAGUAAAUAGUGUGUUAGAUAUUUCAAAAGAUGACAAACUUUUCGGGGAUGUGAUAACUUUGGCCGACUCGUCUGCAGAUGGAACAUUUCUUUUACACCACUUCCUUUCAUUUUUCCUCAGCAGUAAUGUUGAUCGACCAGUGUGUUUUGUGUCGCUGUCACAGUCGUUUAGUCAUCACAAGUCAGUGUGUCAAAAACUUGGAGUUAACUUAGUACAGAAAAUUGAAUCAUCUCAGCUGAAGUUCUUCGAUUGUAUGAAGACUUUUGGAAAUCGAUUUCUAGAAAUACAAAGCGAUAAUUCCGAUUUUGCGAGCAGUUGCGGUGAUUCUCUGCAGGGGCUCUAUGAGGAAGUUAAAGCUUACUACGCAGACCUACAGACCAAAUAUGCCACCCCUCCAGUGGUGAUAAUCGAUAGCUUAAAUGUUCUUCUAAAUAUUGGACACCAAGUGAAAGCUAUAAGUGCCUUUAUUCAGUAUCUCUGCCAGUUCAUCUUAACACCGGAGUCUGGUGCUCGAGGAACAUUAGUUGUAUUCAUCAGCACAGGAGAAAACAAUGCUGAUGAAGAAGCUCAUCUGCUGUGGAAGAGACUCUUGCAUAUGAGUAACCUGGAUGUUUUUGUAUCAGGUCUAGAAAGUGGGUAUUGCAGAGAUGUACAUGGCAAGAUUGAAGUUAAAAGGAGGAAUUGUUUGAGAAAGAAGAAGUCAAAAAGCAUGCAGUUUAAAGUCAAUGACAAAACUGCAACUUUCUUUGCGUCUGGGAUGUCCAAAGCUGUUCUUGGAUAAAUGUAAUAAAAUGCAUAUUAGUAACGAUAAUCAAUUCUUCUUUUUCAUGUGGUGUUUUCAACUGUUUUGUUACAUUAAAUCAUAAUCAAGCAGUUUA